AAUGUCAAGCAGCAGCGCCGCAACCUAAAAUGGAGCCCGGUCGGCGCGGCGGCGGCGGCGGCAGCCUGGCGGCGGGCUCCCGGGCGGCGGGGCCUCGGGUCCCCAAGCUCUGCGCUGCGCCCGGGCGCACACGCGCGUCCUGACCGCGGACGGCGCCUGGCCCCGCCGAGCCGCCCCUUUCCCUGCCCUCGCGCAACUGUCAGGCAGAACGGGCCGGCGGAUAUUGGCUCCGCGACACGCCGAGGCUCCUCCCCGAGCCUGGAUCUUUAUAUUUUGGGAGAAUUUCUUUGAACUCAGUUACCAAGCUGCGUGAAGGAGACAAGUUCCCACAGCUGGCUCGCUGGCGGGGGCCAGGCGAGGGCUCGCCCACCUCCUCGGUGGCGGCCACGUGCCCUGAUUGUAAGCCUCCUUUCCCUGGUGGAGGAGCGCGGACUCACUUGGCCGAGGGAAACGCCAAUUAUCUGGAUGUGACCGUGAGAAGAGAGCGUGUGGCUGGAGGAGGCAGAAGAGGAUGAGGAAAAGCAGUAUCUGAAGAAAGGAUAAACCGCCCGCUCCAAAGCUCUCUGCCAAUUGGCGACAUUACUUCUGGGGCCCGUUUGCUUUUAUCCUUCCUCCCCCCUAGUUAAGAAGCCUUGGCUCGAGGGCCAAAAGACAGCCCCCUGUAACUGGGGGGCCCUUCUGGGUUGGAAGACGCGGUGGAUGUAGUGCCGCCGGAACGUUUCAGACACACUCUUCUGGACGAGCCACCAUGAAUUCGGUAGCUGGGAAUAAAGAGAGGCUUGCGGUUUCCACCAGGGGCAAGAAAUACGGGGUGAAUGAAGUCUGCUCGCCCACCAAGCCCGCGGCGCCCUUCUCGCCUGAGAGCUGGUACCGGAAAGCGUACGAGGAGUCCCGCGCCAGCAGCCGGCCCACCCCCGAGGGCGCAGGCUCUGCGCUCGGCUCCUCGGGAACCCCGUCCCCCGGCUCGGGCACCUCGUCCCCGAGCUCCUUCACGGGCUCCCCGGGCCCCGCCUCCCCAGGCAUUGGCACCAGCUCGCCGGGCUCCCUGGGCGGCUCGCCGGGCUUCGGCACGGGCUCCCCCGGCUCGGGCAGCGGUGGCGGCUCCUCCCCCGGCUCUGACCGCGGUGUCUGGUGCGAGAACUGCAACGCCCGCCUGGUGGAGCUGAAGAGGCAGGCGCUGAAGCUGCUGCUCCCGGGGCCCUUCCCCGGCAAGGAUCCUGCUUUCUCGGCUGUGAUUCAUGACAAGCUCCAGGUCCCCAACACCAUCCGGAAGGCAUGGAACGACAGGGACAACCGCUGUGACAUCUGUGCCACGCACCUGAACCAGCUGAAGCAGGAGGCCAUCCAGAUGGUGCUGGCCUUGGAGCAGGCAGCCGGCAGCGAGCACUACGACGGCUCGCCGGGCUCCCCGCCACCGCUCCCCAGCAUCCCCACCCUGGUGGGGCCCCGGCACGUGGGCGGGCUCCCGCAGCCCAGGGAUUGGGCCUUCGUGCCCGCCUCCUAUGCCUCCUCCAACUACACAGCCUUUGUGGCCAACAAGCAUAACGGCAAACCCAACAGCCUUGGCGUCAGCAAUGGGGCGGAGAAGAAGAGUGUGUCCCCAACCCAUCAGGCCAAAGUCAGCCUCCAGAUGGCCACCAGUCCCAGCAACGGAAACAUCCUCAACUCAGUGGCCAUCCAGGCUCACCAGUACCUGGACGGCACCUGGUCCCUGUCGAGAACCAAUGGGGUCACCCUGUACCCCUACCAGAUCUCUCAGCUGAUGACAGAGGCUGGCCGGGAGGGGCUGUCAGAAGCGGCGCUGAAUCGCUACAAUGCAGACAAGCCCUCAGCCUCCAGCGUCCCGGCCUCGCAGGGCUCCUGCGUGGCUGCCGAGACCUCCGCGGGCACCUCGGUGGCUGCUUCCUUCUUCGCAAGAGCUGCCCAGAAGUUAAAUCUGUCUUCUAAAAAGAAGAAGCAUCGACCGUCUACAUCUGUCGCCGAGUCACCCCUCUUUGCCACCAGCUUCAGCGGCAUUCUGCAGCUCUCCCCUCCCCCGGCCCCGCCGUGUCUGCUGCGGGCCGUCAGCAAGGUGAAGGACACCCCAGGCCUGGGCAAGGUGAAAGUCAUGCUUCGCAUCUGUUCCACGUUGGCCCGUGACACCUCGGAGUCCAGCUCUUUCUUAAAGGUGGACCCACGGAAGAAGCAGAUCACCCUGUAUGACCCCCUGGCGUGUGGAGGUCAGAAUGCCUUCCAGAAGAGAGGCAACCAGGUUCCUCCGAAGAUGUUCGCCUUCGACGCGGUCUUCCCACAGGAUGCUUCUCAGGCCGAGGUGUGCGCCGGGACCGUGGCGGAGGUGAUCCAGUCCGUGGUCAACGGGGCCGACGGCUGCGUGUUCUGUUUCGGCCACGCCAAGCUGGGAAAAUCCUACACCAUGAUCGGGAAGGACGACUCCAUGCAGAACCUCGGCAUCAUCCCCUGCGCCAUCUCCUGGCUCUUCAAGCUCAUCAACGAGCGGAAGGAAAAGACUGGAGCCCGCUUCUCGGUCCGGAUCUCGGCCGUGGAGGUGUGGGGCAGAGAGGAGAACCUGCGGGACCUGCUGUCCGAGGUGGCCACGGGCAGCCUGCAGGACGGCCAGUCCCCCGGCGUGUACCUGUGUGAGGACCCCAUCUGCGGCACGCAGCUGCAGAACCAGAGCGAGCUGCGGGCGCCCACGGCGGAGAAGGCCGCCUUCUUCCUGGACGCCGCCAUCGCCUCGCGCCGGGGCAGCCAGCAGGACUGCGACGAGGACGACCACCGCAACUCCCACAUGCUCUUCACGCUGCACAUCUACCAAUACCGGAUGGAGAAGAGCGGGAAAGGGGGAAUGUCCGGAGGCCGCAGCCGCCUACACCUCAUUGACCUCGGCAGCUGUGUGAAAGCCCUCAGCAAGAACCGGGAAGGAGGCCCCGGGCUGUGCCUCUCGCUGUCCGCCCUGGGCAACGUCAUCCUGGCCCUCGUCAACGGCAGCAAGCACAUCCCCUACAAGGAGAGCAAGCUGACCAUGCUGCUGCGGGAGUCCCUGGGCAACGUGAACUGCCGCACCACCAUGAUCGCGCACGUCUCCGCCGCGGCCGGCAGCUACGCCGAGACCCUGUCCACCGUGCAGAUCGCCUCGAGGGUCCUGCGGAUGAAGAAGAAGAAGACGAAGUACACGUCGAGCUCCUCCGGCGGGGAGAGCUCCUGCGAGGAAGGCCGGAUGCGCAGGCCCACCCAGCUGAGGCCCUUCCACGCCAGGGCUGCGGGGGACCCCGACUUCGCCAUCCCUCACCUGUCCAGCGACCCCGACUACUCCUCCAGCAGCGAGCAGUCCUGCGACACGGUCAUCUACAUCGGGCCCAACGGCGCGGCGCUCUCGGACAAGGAGCUCACCGACAACGAGGGCCCCCCCGACUUCGUCCCCAUCGUGCCCGCCCUGCAGAAGAGCAGGGGCGACAGCCGGCCGGCGGAGGCCGGAGUGGCCGCUGCCCGCAAGCCGGAGAGGGACUGCUUGAAGUGCAACACCUUCGCCGAGCUGCAGGAGAGGCUGGACUGCAUCGACGGCAGCGAGGAGCCCAGUCCGUUUCCGUUCGAGGAGCUGCCUGCCCAGUUCGGGGCAGAGCAGGCAAGCAAGUGCCCCCCAUUGGGCCCCGCGGCAGGGGCCACCCUGCUCUGUGAGUCUGAUAAGGAGGACAACGGGUCAGACGGCCAGCUGACUGACAGAGAAGGCGCUGACCCCCCGGCCUCCAGGGUGCCAAGGAACCCCUCUCCGGUCCCAGCCACCACCCUCCCCGGCAGCCCCGCCCUGGCCUCGCCCCGGAGCAUCCCCGGCGGCAGUGGCAGCAGCGGCAGCAGCAGCCAGCAGGGCACCUCCCAGCUGGUGCAGAGCCGCAGCCUCCAGAGCAGCCGCGAGAGCCUGACCUCCUGCGGGUUCGUGGAGGGCAAGCCCAGGCCCAUGGGCUCCCCCCGGCUGGGCGUCGCCAGCCUGUCCAAGACGUCCGAGUACAGGCCGGCCAGCUCCCCUUCCCAGAGGUGCAAGGUCUACACCCAGAAGGGCGUGCUGCCCUCUCCCACCCCACUGCCGCCCUCGAGCAGGGACCCCGGCAUGGCGUCCGGCGAGUCCCUGCUGCAACCUGAGGUGCGGACCCCCCCGGUGGGAAUGAGCCCCCAGAUCGUGAAGAAGUCCGUGUCUGCUGGGAGUGAAGGGCUCCCCGAGGCCCCCGCGGAGUGCGAGAGCCAGGCAGCCACGCCUGCGGACUCCAGGAAGGAGCUCGUGAGCACCACGACGGUGACGGUGCAGCAGCCGCUGGAGCUGAACGGCGAGGACGAGCUGGUGUUCACGCUGGUGGAGGAGCUGACCAUCAGCGGGGUCCUGGACGGCGGCCGCCCCACCAGCAUCAUCAGCUUCAACAGCGACUGCUCCGUGCAGGCCCUGGCCUCGGGCUCGAGGCCCGUCAGCAUCAUCGGCAGCAUCAGCGAGGACCUGGAGUGCUACUCCGGCGUGGCGCCCGUGUCCGAGGUCAGCAUCACGCAGUUCCUGCCGCUCCCGAAGCUGAGCCUGGACGAGAAGGGCCGGGAGGUGGGCAGCCGGCGGUCCUCCAUCAGCUCCUGGCUCAGCGAGAUGAGCACGGGCAGCGACGGCGAGCGGUCUUGCCACAGCUUUGUGGCGCAGGCCUGUUUCGGGCACGGGGAGGCCAUGGCGGAGCCCCCGGCGCCGGAGCUCGUCGGCGGCCUCCAGAGCGCCGCCGUGGUGUGCCGGGAGAGGCCCCAGGCCGGCUCUGACAAUGUGCUCAUCUUGUCUGAAACGGGGGAGGACUCCUUCGACAAAGCCACCCCCAUCAAAGGCUGCAAGAUAUCCACCCUGGGCAAGGCCAUGGUCACCAUCUCCAACACGGCCAAUCUGAGCAGCUGCGAAGGGUACGUCCCCAUGAAGACCAACAUCACGGUCUACCCCUGCAUCGCCGUGGGCCCCCGGCACGUCCAGGAGCCUGAGGCGUCCACUGGCGCUGAGCCCAAAGCAGCCCCGUGCCAGGAGAGAAAGGACACCAGAGCAAAGAGAGAGAUGACGUUUGAGGACCCGUGGCUAAAACGAGAGGAGGAGGUACAGAAAGAGGGAGUGUGUCCCAGCGAGGAAGGGACGGGGUAUGAGCCGGCCCCAGGCCCCGCGAAGCCUGAGGCCGCGGCAGGGCGGGAGCAGGACGGCAAGGCCAGCCCCAGCGACAGGCUGAGCAGCGGCAGCAGCGCUGAGGUGUCUGCCUCCCCGGGGACCGACAGCGGCAGGAGGGUGGUGGAUGGCUGCGAGACCGCCCUGCCCGGCGGGGCCACCCAGACCCCCAUGCCUCCCAGCAAAAGCCUUAAGUCCAGCAGCCUCCCCAGGGCUUUCCAGAAGGCCAGCCGGCAGGAGGAGCCGGACGGCCUCUUCUCCCACGGCGUCCCCGAGACCUGCGGCAUCGGCCCCGCGCUGGGCAGCCAGUCCUCCAAGGCGACCCUAGAGAGGAAGGUGGCAUCACCCAAGCACUGUGUCCUGGCCCGGCCCAAAGGCACCCCGCCGCUGCCACCGGUGCGAAAGUCCAGCCUGGACCAGAAGAACCGGGCCAGCCCCCAGCACAGCGCCAGCGGCAGCAGCACCAGCAGCCCCUUGAACCAGCCUGCGCCCUUCCUGGCCAGCUUCCCGGACGAGCCCAGUGGCAAGGCGAAGGACGCCAGCAGCAGCAGCAAGCUCUUCAGUGCCAAGCUGGAGCAGCUGGCCAGCAGGACCAACUCCCUGGGCCGGAGCACCGUCAGCCACUACGAAUGCCUGUCGCUGGAGCGGGCCGAGAGCCUGUCCUCCAUGAGCUCCCGGCUGCACACCGGCAAGGACAGCACCAUGCCUCGCGUGGGGAGGAGCCUGGGCCGCAGCGCCGGUGCCUCGCCCACCAACCCGUGUGCGCCGCAGUCGGCCGGGGCCUCGCCCAAGGCCAGCCAGUCCAAGAUCUCGGCCGUGAGCAAGCUGCUCCUGGCCAGUCCCAAAGGGCGCAGCCUGGCCACCUCCACCACCAAGACGCUCAGCUUCUCCACCAAGUCCCUGCCGCAGUCGGUGGGCCAGAGCUCCACCCCGGCCCCGAGUGGGAAGCACAUGUCCUGGUCCACGCAGUCGCUGAGCCGGAGCCGGGGCUCUGGCCUGGCCGCCAAGCUGCCGCUGCGCGCGGUGAACGGGCGCAUCUCCGAGCUGCUCCAGGGCAGCGCAGGGCCCCGGGCCCUGCAGCCACGGGCCGGGCCCGACGAGGAGCGCCCCGGGGCCCCCGAUGACAAGCCGGCGGCCGCACCCCUGCUGCCGUCACCCUACAGCAAGGUCACGCCGCCGCGGAAGCCGCACCGCUGCAGCAGCGGCCACGGCAGCGACAACAGCAGCGUGCUGAGCGGGGAGCUGCCCCCGGCCAUGGGCAAGACGGCGCUGUUCUACCACAGCGGCGGCAGCAGCGGCUACGAGAGCAUGAUGCGCGACAGCGAGGCCACGGGCAGCGCGUCCUCCGCCCAGGACUCCAUGAGCGAGAACAGCAGCUCCGUGGGCGGCCGCUGCCGCAGCCUCAAGACCCCAAAGAAGCGCCCCAAUUCAGGUUCGCAGAGACGGAGGCUUGUGCCUGCUCCGUCCCUCGACACCCCCUCCCCCGCCAGGAAGCCGGUCGGCAGUGCCGGGGUCCGCUGGGUGGACGGCCCCUUGCGCAGCGCCCAGCGGGGCCUCGGGGAGCCCUUUGAGAUCAAAGUCUACGAAAUCGACGACGUGGAGCGGCUGCAGCGGCGACGAGGGGGCGGCAGCAAGGAGGUGACGUGCUUCAACGCGAAGCUGAAGAUCCUGGAGCACCGGCAGCAGCGGAUCGCCGAGGUCCGCGCCAAGUACGAGUGGCUGAUGAAGGAGCUGGAGGCGACCAAGCAGUACCUGAUGCUGGACCCCAACAAGUGGCUCAGCGAAUUUGACCUGGAGCAAGUCUGGGAGCUGGAUUCCCUGGAGUACCUGGAGGCGCUCGAGUGCGUGACGGAGCGCCUGGAAAGCCGCGUCAACUUCUGCAAGGCCCACCUGAUGAUGAUCACCUGCUUCGACAUCACCUCCAGGCGCCGGUGAGGGGGCGCCGGCCGGCCUGCAGGCCCCCCGGGACCCCACAGCCAGGCGCGCGCCCCCGGCCCCCGGGGCUGGCGGCGCUCGGAGACCACGGCAUGAGGACGAAGGUCGGUGGCAAGUCUGCGGUGGCGUCGAGCGGCUUUGUUUUCUGUGGGAGCGGCGCAAACACCGAGCGCGCGUGGGAGGAGGAGGAAGCGACGGGAAGCCCGAGGGACGGGCAGCCCCGGGGGACGGAACAAGCACUUUGCGGGACUCUCGAGGACUCGUGUGUACAUACGGACUGCUGGCGGAAGAGACCCCUCUCUCCCCCACCCCGGUUGUGCGAGGAAGGGCGGGGGUGGGCGCGGGGGUGCUGUCGGAAGCGGAAAACAAAACACCAACGGAAUAUGACCCAGAAAGACUGAUUAAGUGCCUUGCAAAAUCUUUAUUAUUAUCCAAACGUUUAUGUUCAUACUCUCCUGUGUACAGAUGGUGCUAGUCAAGAUGCAAAAAAAAAAAAAAAAACAACAGAAGUGAAACGCGAACGCAUUUGCGACGUGUAUUUGCAGCCCGUUUUCCCUUGGUGUUCUUCUACCCCGUUUCGGACUUGCUGUUUCUGAGUAGGUUGUGUGUGUAGUUCCCUGACCAGUAUCGCACAUGAAUAAAUGUUCACUGUCUCUCA